AUGUACGUACACACGUACGCACGCACGUACGCAGGCACGCAGGUACGUAGACACGCACUUACGAACAAUCGCGCAUUAGACGCAGGCCCCCCGGCCGCUAGGAGACAGAGUAGGAGCCGCCAGGCCGUGCGGCGGCGCGCGGAAGGCCGGGCCGCUCGGAGGCUCGAGACCGGCGGCGUGGAGCGGCACCCGGAGGAGGACCAGGAAGCCAGCUCCCCUCCAAGCCACCCUGGGACUGCUGCUGGCCGAGUCCUGAGGGACAGUCUUUAUCUGGCCUUUUCUGAGCGAGCUGGCCUCCCCUCUCCUUGCAGAAGCCCGAGGGAACAGGAGUGCCGGCCCCGAGGUGAGGAGCGGAGGGUGCCUUCGUGGAUUCGGGGCCUCGGGGCUGCGGGGGACCUGAGCGAUCAGCAGCUCCAAGUCCCUCCAUGCCGGUGUCCCCUCCUCGGCUCCUCGCCCCAAGAGUGGUUACCAGCUGCGUCCAGACACCCCGGAGCGUCGUCGUCGUGCUUUCAGAUCAUGAGGGAGGGUCCCGAACAACGUCCUGGCAGGAACGGGCCUGCUCUCCUUUCCCUCUGCUCAUCUGGGUGUCAGCCUUGGCCUCCAGCCUGGCCGCUCCCGCCUUCCGCGGCUCGGGGCUCCUGCUCCCUCCCAGCCCCUGUGACUGCACCCCACAUCCCAGGAAUGCCUCCUCCUGCCCCUUGGGGGCUGGUUUCCUCCUCUCUUUGAAGGCCAGCUUUGGACUCCGCAUUCGCCUACGCCCUCUCCGACCUGUGGAAGUGCCCCAAACGUCAGGGCGUGUCCCGCCGGCCCUCCCGCUGGAGGCUGCCGUCCACUCCCAGGCCCGCCCCCUGGGGCUAGUGGUCCCCGAGGAGACGGUGCCCUGGCGUCCAGCGCUCUGCCCGUGAGAAAGGGCUCCUUCUUGACUGGUGACUGGCGCUGCAGGACCUCGGGAAGCAGCUGCACACAGGGGACCCGCAGACGUGAGCAGCCACUUUGCCGCCACUGCUCGGGGUGGUGCCUGCGCAGGGAGCGUGGCACAGCACAGGGGGACUUCUGUGCGCUUCUGGCGAUGCCCCCACUUGCCUUCGCGUUACAGACCGUUACGUCACCUUUGGCUGGGGGCGGGAGACGCUCGGCUCCACGUCUGCGGCACUCCUGAGCCCUCGGGUCUACGUCCUCUUUAGCGUCCUCAGUCUCUGGGCGGAUCAGCAACGACCCGGGCCCCAGGCCCCCUCCGCAGCUGGAGGGGGCCUUCCCGACAUCAGGCCAUGGCCCAGUGAAUGGGCCCAGCUUACUUGUUUGAGAGAUUCAGGAGUGGGGCCUGGGUGCGGGGGUGGGGGUCUGGAGCGAGUGUUGCCAUCCCGUAACCGGGGUUACAGGGCUCGGAUGACAGGACUGAUGGGCUCUGCGUGUAGGGCCCGUUCAGCCGCCUCUUGAGUAUCUGUGUGCUCUCUGUGGCGACUUUACAGAGUGCAGAGAGGAUGUGAAGAGUCAGGAGCAGGGGACGCCCAUAAGGCAUCACCUGGAGGCAAGAAGGUUCACGAGUUCACGAGUGGGGCGUGUCUCCCCUGCUCUUUUUCUGCACGUUUCUCCUUUACUCGCUGGAGUGCGUGCAGGGUUACCAUUGGGCCUUACAUCUUCUCACUCACGUUAAGUGUUACCCCAGGUUCUGAAGGAUUCCUCGGCAGGCAUCUCACUAAGCCCUGCACCUGGUUCUGGAGGAUAGUGGAUCGCAGCCUCUCCCUGCUCAAGACCAACUGACGGAUCCUCGGGAACGGCCCUGCGUACCUUGGACCAGUGACAGCCUCUGCUCAGAAACCCCAGCCCAGGGGUCCUCCUGAAGCAGCCGCAGAGACAGAGUUUAUCGCGUCUCCCACAUCAGGGUCAAGCUGGGCCCGGUGUCCAACAGCCUCCAGCUGUCUGGUUGUCCCGCUUCCCGGUGUUGGGUCUCGCCCAGCGCGGAGCCCGAGGUCCCUUUGGGAGGGGCUGGGGGGGUCAUACGAGUGCCUGCUUGCCGUGGUGCUACAGCGUCCUUCCCCCUGGGGACCCGCCACGUCCCUGGUCCGUGGUUCCACGUCUGAGAACUGGCUCAGGGGCAGGACCUGGGCGAGGGAUCAUGACUUGUUCACUGGGGCGGCUGCCCUCGGCCUCCUGCCGCCCGUCCUUGCUCUUUUGAGUGUCCGUUUUAGACUGUAUCUUGGUCGGUUGCCCAUCCAUCGAGCCCCCGGGAAGCCGUGUUGUACUGACCACCUGCCCCGCUCGGUGGGUCGGGCCUCCUGGUCAGUGGCGGCCAUCGUCAUAGCCCCUGGUUUCUGGCCGCUCAGUGGCGCCCCACGACCUCUGCUGCUAGUCCCUGGGCGGCGGGGGGAGGGCAGGGGGUCAUCCCUUUCCUCCCUCACCAGGCCUGGCGCGCCCGGCCUGUGUUGUGAGGUGACUUCGCUCUGCUUGGGGGCCUGGCAGUGGGCUGACCACCUCGCCCCAUUUUUCCUGCACGCUGCUGCUUGUAGCGCUUCACGUCCCACAGCAAAUUGGGGCGGCUGGCUACCCUGUCUCCUGGGACGGAGGGCACCUGUGGGGAAGGACUCGGGUCAUGUUUGCUCCCUCGGGGGUGAGGCGGGGACACCAGCUCUUUAGGGGGAGGGGUGGGCCACUGCCGCAGGCUCAGAAGUUCAGCGACAUCUGGGGAGUCCCGGUCUUCUGGGGCUUCCUCCCAGUCUCCCUGGUCCUCGUGUCAAGGGUGCAGGUUUUCCCAAGUGGGCUUCCGAUGCUGGCGGGACAGACGUGCCUCGGUUGAACAUUCAGCGUCUUUGAGCUUCAGCCACUUCUCUCGAAUCCUGGGUUGGACGAUUGUCCGCUGCCUGAGAUGGGGGCUCCUUUGUAAGGUACCGGGGAGACCCUGGGGCCCCCUUUUUUCUCACUUUGCUCUUCACCCUAAGCUGCUCAUCCCCUGUGGUCGGCAAAGCAAAGAAGUCACCUCCCCCUGUGCCCCCCCACGUUCCGCACGCCUGGAUCUUCUCACCUGCCAGGAAAUUCCUCUCCCCCUGCCAGCCCAGCGAAAGUUCUAGCAUGAAAGUUCUAGCAGCUGGGCUGUGGCCUUGUGCCCGGGGCUGUCCGCACACCACCCAUCCCCGGGGUGGGGUCCUCAUUGCCAGCGGGGCGGGUGAUGACAAUCCCGUGCCAAGACCCCAUGUCAUCACCAGCUCCUUGGACCACUCCAGGGCCGGCCGGCUCGGGUUGCGUCCCUCGGGAAGCUGAUCCCGGGAGAGAGUUAGUGCCAAAGGCUGGCUGGGGCCUCACACCCACUAAGGGGACAGGGAGCAAGCAGGGUUGGGCAGGGUGUCCCUCCAACCUGCGAUGUCGACCCGACAGUUUCUGCCAGCCCGUCGGGGAGCUGCAGAGCACGGACGGGCAUUAGAGGUCCCCGCAGUGGGCCCCGGCGGUCAGGCCCUCGCAGUGCCUGAGGCCUUGCGAUCCACAUCGACUGACCGGGAGAACCAGCACCCAGAAUUGGUGCCCGAGGGGUGGCUGCGUGCGCACACAGGGCGCCAGCUGCCUUGGCCCGGGCAGCACCUUGCUCUGCCCUGCGGCCGGCCUGGUGGGAGGGGCUUUGGCUUCUUGUGCAUCAGACGACCGCUGGGUUGGGCAGGGGACGUGCUUCCAGGGCGUUGGCUAACUGGCCAUCUGUUAGCAGCAUCGGUGUCAGCGCAGCUUGAUGGCAGAGGGCAGAUCUGGAUGCCAGACAUCAUAAGGCAAAGCCCGCUUAAGUCCGCAGACGUCCGUCCUGUGAGAGGGUCCUCGACUGUGCAGGGACACGGGUGUCCACUCCCCCUUGUGUUACUCAGGGCUGGUGGGGGAGGGGCAUCUUCCAGGCAGACCUGUAAAGCACAGAGUCUGAAACGGGGCAGAAGGAGGGGAACGUGAAGGGCGGGGAACCCCUGACUCAGAGCAAGGGGCUGCGGAGGGCUUCAGAGAGGAGGGCCGUCUGGGCUGCCUCUUGAAGUGAGAAGGGUCUCCUUAGCUGGGAGAUGGGGGACGGGACCCCUGGAAGGGCCAGACACAUUCAGGGGACUGAGACCAGGUGCUUGUGGAACCAGUUCAUGGGAGAGGAGGCUGGGAAACUAGACUGGGUUCGACUCAGAGGCCACCCUAAGGAGUCAGGCCUGUGCCCUGGGUACAGUAGAUCAAUGCCCUCACUUGCAGUUAUAAAGGCAAACCAUUGUUUCUUUCCCUGAGAAGAAUUCAUCGAUUCACUCAUUUGCCUCGUCAGUGAUCUGACAAACCUUUGUGUGCCUCCCAGGCCAGGCAGCAGUUAGAGAAGAGGGGCACACGG